UAAUUUCGCCACUUAAUGGGAGUCAACCUGAUAAGGAGGAAGCUAUUACUCCUGACCCUAUGCCUGAAAUAGAACAUAGUUCAACCCAGGUCCAAAAAGCUGAAUCAUCUAUAACCUCUUUGCCACAAAAUAUUAUCGAUAUUCGACAAAAGGAAAGUUUGUGCUGGUAUUGUUAUUACAAAGCAUACGAAAACCGAGUCAAUGAUGUUAAAACUGCAAAUAAUAUUGAUGACCAAUCGGCAAGAACGAUAGUAUAUAAUGAAAUAAAAUCGCUCCUUUCUGAUAUCACUGAUAUAAACUUGCGUAAAAUAACUUCCAGAGCAAAAAAAGUAUAUAUAUUAUAUGAAGGAAUAGGAAUUGAUAAAAUUAGUCAAAUAACUUACAGUGCAAGUGCUAUUUCAAGUUUAAAGGAUAAUCAAAUUCAAAAUAUAAUAAAUGAUUUUCCCAAGACAACUGAUAUGAGUUGCCAAAAAGUGAUCGGCAUGACAAAUUGUCACGCGUAUAUAUCAGAUCUAUCUAGCUCAAACAAUUCAUCAGCAGAGUUGGUACUGUCAAAAUUACCAGAAAUUGAG